CUGCCUGCAAAUUCAAUGAGGCUGCCUAUGUAUUGUCCUAUUUAUGAUUUGUAUUGUCCUAUCGCCGCCGUGGGGCGGGCCGGGAGGAGCGGCCAUUUCACGGCUCCGUGCGCGGCCGCGUCCCGCCUCUCUCGGCCGCCUCGGGCGGGGCCGGUCCCGCUCCUCCUGCGGCUCCUCCUGCGGCCCCUCCCGCCCGCGCCCAGCCCCGGGGAGCCGAGCGGCUGUGGGCGCUGCCGAGCGGCUGUGGGUGCUGCCGUCCGCUGCGCCAUGCUGCCGCUUCUGCGCCGUCUCGUCCUGCCCGCCGCCUGCGACGGGAGCCGCGAUGGAGACUCGCGGUACGCCAACCUCUUCAAGAAGCUGGACCUCAACGAGGAUGGGAGGGUGGACAUCGCCGAGCUCCAGACGGGCCUCCAGGCCAUGGGCAUCCCGCUGGGCAAGGAGGCGGAGGAGAAAAUCUUUAAAGCUGGAGAUACUAACCAGGAUGGACAACUAGAUUUUGAAGAAUUUAUGCAGUAUCUUAAAGAUCAUGAGAAGAAAAUGAAACUGGCGUUUAAAAGCCUGGAUAAAAACAAUGAUGGGAAAAUUGAACCAUCAGAAGUUGUCCAGUCCCUCAAGAUACUGGGUAUAAACAUUUCAGAAAAACAGGCCGAAAAGAUUCUGCAAAGUAUUGAUGCUGAUGGGACAAUGUCAGUAGAUUGGAAUGAGUGGAGAGAUCAUUUUAUGUUUAACCCUGCCACGGACAUAGAGGAAAUAAUCCGAUAUUGGAAACAUUCCACUGUGUUGGAUAUUGGAGAUAGUUUGACUGUUCCAGAUGAAUUCACAGAGGAAGAGAAAAAGAGUGGACAGUGGUGGAAGCAGCUCUUGGCAGGAGGAGUGGCUGGUGCUGUCUCUCGAACAGGUACAGCACCUUUAGAUCGUCUAAAAGUAAUGAUGCAGGUUCAUGGUUCAAAAUCAAACAAAAUGAAUAUUGCCAGUGGUUUUAAACAAAUGUUGAAAGAAGGUGGUGUUCGAUCACUCUGGAGGGGAAAUGGUGUAAAUGUUGUCAAAAUAGCUCCUGAGACAGCUAUUAAGUUCUGGGCUUAUGAACAGUAUAAGAAGAUACUCACUAAGGAUGAUGGAAAUUUAGGCACUGUUGAAAGAUUUGUAUCGGGCUCUUUAGCUGGGGCAACAGCGCAAACUUCUAUUUAUCCCAUGGAGGUUUUAAAGACCAGGUUGGCUGUGGGUAAAACAGGGCAGUAUUCUGGGAUGUUUGACUGUGCUAAGAAGAUCUUGAAGACAGAAGGUGUAAAGGCCUUCUACAAAGGCUAUAUUCCUAACAUUCUGGGUAUAAUUCCUUAUGCUGGGAUUGACCUUGCUGUUUAUGAGCUCUUAAAGAGUACGUGGCUAGAACACUAUGCAUCAAGCUCUGCUAACCCAGGGGUUUUUGUGUUGUUGGGGUGUGGUACUGCUUCCAGCACAUGUGGGCAGUUAGCCAGUUACCCUCUUGCUCUGGUCAGAACACGCAUGCAGGCUCAAGCAUCAGUGGAAGGAGCUCCGCAGCUGAACAUGGUUGGUCUCUUUCAAAGAAUUAUUGCUACCGAAGGAAUCCAAGGACUUUAUAGGGGCAUAGCCCCUAAUUUUAUGAAAGUUCUUCCAGCUGUCAGUAUCAGUUAUGUUGUGUAUGAAAAAAUGAAGCAGAAUUUAGGAAUAGCGUGAAAUUAAGGAGAAAGGUGAGAUAUUGCUGAUUUGGUUGGAAUUAUCAGGACAAAAAUGAUUUCUUCAGUAAUCUGCUCUUAAAAUUACAGACUCUUGAGAGAGACUCUUUACUUCUGUUUUUAUCCUCCAGUGGGAAGAAACUUUUUCAAUUUCUAGAUCACCAUUUGUAAACAGAUACCUAUAUUGCACUUUAAUGUCACUAAAUUGAGGAAAAGAAUCCUGUAUCUUUUAAUCAACUAUAUGCUUACAUAUUCAUAUAAUCAUGUAUAUUUUAUUCUUCUGUUUUCUCUAACUGAAUUUGUCUCAGAUGAAACCAAAGGUAGAGGGAAGUUUGUACUGCCUUGAUACUGAAUAGAUGAAAGUGACUGUCUUAUCAUGCUGCCUGUCCUCAAACAAUUCACAGAUAACAUUUUGCACUUCUAGAAGUAAGCACUUAGUAUCAUUAUCAUCAAAGGCCGUCUAAGUUCUGAAAAUUGUUAUGUUAGGUACAGGAAGGGAUAGUGUAACACAUUAAAUGUAGUCCACCACCUUUAUUUUCAAGCUGACCUUUCUUCUUUAAAGACUAUGAGCCUGAGAAAUUACUGCUCUGUGGUAUCUAGAAUACCUCAAUUGAUUUAUAUCAUGUUUUUUGUAAUGCAGCCAAUGAUUUUGAUAUCUUGCUUCGUUGUACCUGCUUUUGCACUUGUAAAUGCUAAUAUGACAAGCUUUCAAUUACAGUUAGAUGUUUUAUAGAAUCACACUAUACAGAAACAGAAAAAACCUACUGGGUUACUGGAUCCAUUCCUACACGUCUAAGUCACUGUUUAAAAGUGAGGUGAAGAAUCUGAUAUUAAGGUAAUAAUGAAUUAGCUGUUGGAUGUGUUAGAAGAAAUGAUGUGAUUUAGACAAGAACUCAAGCUCAUCAUAGCUGCCUUGAGGAGAAAAGGCUUCUUGUUCUGGACUCGGUUUCUUCCCUUACUCCCAAAGGGUUACAGUUCCCUGUGUGCUUUUAGCAGAUAAGGGAUUGUGUUAUUAUGUAAAGAUUUUAAUGGCUUGUCAGAAGGACAAAUCCGCUUUUCCUCACUGUCUUCUGUGUGCUCUGUCUCCUCUGUAUGAAAUUUGGGUCAUGAAAUACUGAAGCAUUUUGUCUGUGUGACCAAAUGGAGCUGUGGAUCUCUAAUGUCUGUCGGGUUCACAUUAACAUAGCACGUGAAGCACACACAAGGAACUUGUAAAUACUUGAGAAACAGUUCCUCAUUUAUAGAAAAAAAAAAACUAAAGCAUCACUUCCUCCAUGUAGAAAACAGAUAUUUCCAUAUGUAGGUCACUUCUGUGUGGUUUAUUUUUUCCCUGGAUGGAUGUGGAGCUGGGGCUGGUGGUAUGAUUUUUCUUUUUUUCUUUGGCCUUCAGUCCCAGAUAUUGAGGUAAGAAUAACAGUUAGUGUUGAAUUCUGUUGGCAUGCUUUUUCUGCAGUCUAUAUGAUGUCUUAAUUCUGAAUUUACAGUAAUCACAAAUUUACAGAGGUAAUCUUUGUACUCAUGCUGACCUUCAAAAAACACUUCUUUGACCACUUCCUAAAAUUGGAUUACAUGGACAUGGAUAAAACCAUGACAUGCGGGAAGAACUUAGUUACUAUGUGAAGUUCCUGCAAGGCCUUUGAGGAUCUCUGUGUGUACACACAAAGCCAAACACACACAGACAGCUGCCCCAUCCACAUGUGCAUGUGUAGACACAAAAUUGAACACAUCAACAACUGCCCCUUGCUCCUUGUACAGAAUACUGGGCCAUGUUCUUCAGUCAGCAGGUCAGGUCUAUAUCUGUGUUCAGUGCUUCCAUGCUUGUUGUGUUGUUGUUUUUAUCAUAAACUGAUACAUGACUUCCUAAGAUCUGUAUUAUCAGAUGUUCUAUCGGACUGUAGAGAAUGACAGCUUUGGCUGUGCCUUUUGGCCUUCCAUUUAUGGAACCUUUGGACUUUGCACUUUUUUUAAAGACUGAGAAGUCAUUCUGUCCAACUCAGCCAUGUGUACAAAGCCUUUCCAGCCUGAAUGUUUCUUGGUUUUGCCAACACCUUUGUAUCUUGUGGGAUUUUUCAGAUUGGUGAUGUUGCCUGGUUGUGUUGUCUGACUGUGACCAAUGAGCCAAUGUACUGUAUGUGUGAUGACUUCAGCAAUGUCUACCUUCCAGACUUGGUCCUUUUUAUUAUAGUGCGCAAGUGCCAUUAUGAACAUUGGAAGUUAUGGUGGUGAUGCUUUCAAACAUGGGAAAGAUGGAGUCCUCAAAAUUCAUUUUUCAUUAUGUGCCUCUGUGAUGACUGUUCAGUUGUAUAUUCUCUGUCUCUUAAGAAAUGAAUGUUUACCUUUUUAGCUAUAUAAAACUACCAGUUUCUAAUAAAUGUUUGUUUCUUUAUUUGUUUCAAUUGUGCUGAUCUUUUUCAUGGCCAGUAGACAGGUGAAAAUUCCUUAUUUCCUUAUAGGUGUACAAUUCACUGUAAAAGAAAAUUAAACGUAAUUUAUCUAAUGGUGUUUUAAA